AUGAGCGACGACGCGGGAGAAAAGUUCUACAUGCACUACUGGCACUACGAAGAAGACGCCAUCGCCUCAAACACAACGGACGCACAAACUGAAUUAGACCGAAGCUCCAUUCUCGCCCGCUCAUACCAUUUUCAGCCGCCAUUUUCUCUUGGCCCCGAGCGCUUUGCGGAGUUACGUUCUUCACCGCUGGAUAGGAGGGGUUUUGAAUGUCCUGCUGGGACGAAUGCUUGUACGGCGAUCGGCCGGUCGGAUAGCUGUUGCGGUACGGACGAGACUUGCGUGGUGGUUGAGGAUACUGGGUUGGGGGAUGUUGGGUGUUGUCCGUCGGGGCAGGAUUGCUCGGGGACGAUUGGGUCUUGCUUUGAGGGGUAUACUAGCUGUCCUUCGUCGCUUGGAGGGGGAUGCUGCUUUCCCGGCUAUGAGUGCGUCGAAGAGGGCUGUGCACACAUCGUUACCAUAACGAUUACUCUGUCCUCGACGACACUGACGACCACGUCAACCGAGACGGUUCCCGCGACGAGUACCACUAGCAGCACGACUACGACUACAGAGACGACGGAGACGACCGCCUCCACUACCUCAACUUCAACAACCACAAGUACGUCGUCAACGGGAGAUUUGACACCUCCGGACCGACCCACCAGUUUAUCAACCACCACAAGCUCCGAGACCGAAACGUCCUGUCCGACCGGCUUCUACGCGUGUGCUGCAGUCUAUCAAGGCGGCUGCUGUCAGACUGGGCGAGAUUGCGAUACGACAUCUUGUCCGGUCCUGUCUUCGACUACCAUUGAAACCGAAGGCCGAACCAUUGUGAUUGCCGAGCCGACAUCAGCAGCGAACAGCAGCGAAGGGAGCGGCGUAAGGACAUGCGCGUCUGGCUGGUUUAGUUGCGCAGACACGGUAGGCGGAGGAUGCUGUCCGACCGGGUACGCGUGCGGAGCAAGCUGCACGGCAGUGCCGAGUGCAUCGACGACGGGAACCGUGGCCAAGGAGGCGCCAACGGCAGAAUCGAUCGGAGGAGCGACAAAAAGCAACUGGGUGGCACUGACAUGCGCUAUGGUUAUGACCUGGAUGAUGCUAUGA